ACAAAGGGCCCGCGCGCAGCCGCCGCCGCUGCGCGAGGAGCCAGGAUGGUCCUGGUCCACGUCGGCUAUCUCGUGCUUCCAGUGUUUGGCUCUGUGCGAAACAGAGGUGCCCCCUUUCAAAGGUCUCAGCAUCCUCACGCUACCUCCUGCCGCCACUUCCACCUGGGCCCCCCGCAGCCGCAGCAGCUAGCCCCGGACUUCCCGCUGGCCCACCCAGUGCAGUCGCAGCCGGGCCUCAGCGCCCACAUGGCCCCGGCCCACCAGCACAGUGGCACGCUGCACCAGUCGCUGACCCCGCUGCCCACCCUGCAGUUCCAGGACGUCACAGGUCCCUCCUUCCUACCUCAGGCCCUGCACCAGCAAUACCUGCUGCAGCAGCAGCUCCUGGAAGCUCAGCACCGCAGGCUCGUCUCGCAUCCCAGGCGGGGUCAGGAUCGAGUGUCUGUCCACCCCCACCGCCUUCACCCCGGCUUUGACUUUGGCCACCAACUGCAGACACCUCAGCCCCGGUAUCUGGCUGAAGGCACUGACUGGGAUCUCAGUGUGGACGCCGGCUUGAGUCCUGCCCAGUUCCAGGUGCGGCCCAUCCCCCAGCACUAUCAGCAUUACCUGGCCACUCCUCGAAUGCAUCACUUCCCCAGAAACUCCUCGUCCACACAGAUGGUUGUCCAUGAAAUUCGAAACUACCCUUACCCCCAGCUUCACUUCCUCGCCCUCCAGGGACUAAAUCCUAGCCGACACACCUCUGCUGUUCGGGAGAGCUAUGAGGAGCUGCUGCAGCUCGAGGACAGGCUGGGAAACGUGACCCGAGGAGCUGUACAGAACACCAUCGAGAGGUUCACCUUCCCCCACAAGUAUAAGAAGCGAAGACCCCAGGACAGCAAGGGCAAAAAAGAUGAAGGGGAAGAGUCAGACACAGAUGAGAAAUGCACAAUUUGUCUGUCUAUGUUGGAGGAUGGGGAAGAUGUGAGACGCCUACCUUGUAUGCAUCUCUUCCACCAACUGUGUGUGGACCAGUGGCUCGCCAUGAGCAAGAAAUGCCCCAUCUGCCGAGUGGACAUUGAGACACAGCUGGGAGCCGACAGCUGAGGGAGGAGCUAGCCAGUGGACGCCCCAUUUCCUUCACCAGGUCCCCCCCACGGCCAUAGCCCUUGCAGCCAAACUUUGCCUUCUGAGCCAUUUGACGUAGAGAAGAAGCCUGCAAGCACAUUUUGUGGAAAGAGGAGUUGGUAGCGGUGUCUGAGGGAGAGGAGGGGUAGGGAGGACCCACCCAUCCGGAAUGAUGACUGCCUCAUCGCCUUGCUGUGCAGCGGGGAGGGAGCUGGCCGUGCCCAGAGCAGGGGUGGGAAGGGGGGGCCCAGCUGCUGAGGACUAGAUGUGAUCGCGAGGGUACUAGCUGAUGAUCGGCCCCUCAAUCCUGUCCUUUGAGGGAUUGUGUAUAUACCUCUUGACCACGUAGAAACCAUGUAGGGGUCUCUAGCUAUUCUGUGGACGGCAGCCAGAGCAUGCUAGCUUAAGAAAAAUGUCGUGUGUGGUGCUCUCGUCAUCUGUGGUGGACAUGUCGCUAUUACUGAACUUGCACCAAAUAUUUCUCAUUGAGUUUCUUGUUUUGGUGCCUGACCGAACCAACCAACCAACGACAGCCCCAAUCUUCCCGUCUUUAUGAGCGAAAAGAAAAAAAAAAAAAAAAAGAAAAAGAAAAAAAAAUCAAAGGUGAAAAACAAAAAAGCCAAAUCCUGUUUACGGUGAAAAAAGUUGAUAAUUUUUCACCCAGGUUGGGAGGCGGGAGGGGGGGUUCUUGUUUGUUGUUUUUGUUUUUUUCCUUGGGCUUUGUUUUUCUCAUGUUUACAGUGCACGGAGUGUGGGAGGGGCAUCUGAGAAGGGGGUGGGCUUAAAAAUAGAUGGGGGUCUCACUGGGUUUUUGAGGCUUUCAGGCAAGGUGAGGAGCGCAGAACCCUAGCCAGUGAAGGGGUUCCCCAUCUCGCAGUGGGCUCCCCAGCUCUCGAGCCCGUUGCUUAGCCCCAAAAGUGUUCCUAGGUUCCACACUGAAGCAGGGAGUACAAUGCCUCCAGCUACAGCCUACCCCCACGUUCCUGGGAGCCGGCAUCCCCUGCUCACUCCAGUUCCUAACUCUAUCCUGAGCUCUCAUCUUGCCACAAAGAGGCAAUGUAGCCACUGCCUCCCUAUGCAAAAAAAUUAACCAGAUGAUACAGACGGAACAGCAUCAGCAGUGUGACUUGGUGUUGGCCAAAGUGCUCUCAGCACUUAGGGCUCAGGUCAGGUCCACGACCUUGGGAGUAACUUGAGCCUCCUACGGGAUCCUGCUUGGUUAGACCCUCCGAGAUGGCCAUUGUUGCAAGAUUCCUCCUUGGUUGGGCUGGGAGGCCCUGUGCCCCUAGCCUCAUGAUCGAUCCUCUGAUUCUUCUGUAAUCUUGGGAAAUUCCUUUUAUUUCUCUGUGCCUCAGUUUCUUUCUCCUUCCAGUGGGGAGAAACAACCGCGUGUCCCCAUCUCCCCCAACUCCUCCUACUUCACCUAGAUCUGAGAGUUAACACCUUCCAGCCUCUUCUUGUGCUCUCUGUUCUCUCACAGGAGUCUCUGAGGGUUUAGUGAAAAAGGAGAGUCCCAAGUGACACAGUAUUAGUGCGUGCUUUCUGUACCACUCAGAGAGAUGGAAGGACAGAGUUCUGGAGGCCGGGGGAAAUCUGCCAAAUUCUAACCCGACUGUAGCUCUUAAUUGUGUGCAGAAAAUACCAUGUCUCCUGGCAUUCUUUAACCUUCCUUUGCCACUGGCUCUCCUCAACCCUGCUCUUCUUCCCUCUUCUCCCUCCCCCUCCUCCUCUCUUUGUUCCUUCAACCCCCUCAUUUGCACUGCUCUCAGAAACUACCCUGACCUCAACCCCUAGCCAGUCUCAGUACCCUCAUAUGCUCAGAGCAGGAGAUGGGAUGCUGAUCAGAUAAAAGGAGAAAUUCUACCAAGUUAAGUUAGCCGAGGAUGAAUCGUGACCAAAAAAUGACAGCAGCCGAUUGGACUUGAGAGAAAGCCUUCCAGCACAACCAUCAUGAAGGAAUGGUCUACUAUACAAGCGAAGGCUACUCCCAGGCCCCCGUCUUCUGGUGUCUCAUACAAUCUCUGUGGACUGCCUACGUGGGACAAGCGUUGAGGAAGAUGACCACUCAGGCGAUGUCUUGGCCUGGUGGAACUAGAGGGGUGGAGGACCAGCACACAUCCAGCAGUUCGUGCGGUGACGGUCAGGAGUGCUGAACAUGGCCUUGGUCAACUCUGGUUGCUGUCGUGAACACUGUCUCCAGUACAAAGGCUAGCUGGGGAAAGAAAGUCAGGAUGCUAGAGAGCUAGCCACAAGACACAACUUGUGACUUCUUUCCUGCUGCUCCCCGAUGGCUGUGUCAAAACCAAGGUGUCAUCAGAAGACGGCUGUGGCUCAGAGGUUGUCGUUUGGGUGGCCUAGGUGGGUCAUUCUCUGUUCUUUCCUUUGAGGCUCUCCUGAAAGGCUAGUAGGAAAGGAAAUUGGCAGGGACCCAGGAGGGAACUGGAACCAGUGUCCCAGAUUCUAGUCCUGUCUCUUCACUGACAAACUGGGUGAUGCUGGAACCCCUGUCCCCACCCCUAUGGCUUGCUGGACCUCAGCUUCCUCAGCUGUGACACAAGGAAGUUGAUUGGAUGCUCCCUAAAUUUCUCCCAAAACACAUCCUGUGAUUCCUCCUAACAUCAACACAUCAUCCAGGCUGUAGAGCUACCCUCCGCCCGGCCAUACUGCUGAGAGGCCUCCUGUGCGUGUGUACGCCUGCUUCCUAGGCCUCGGCACACAGGCCGAGUGAAAGGGCAGGAUGGUUUCUUCUUGCUGCAAUUUUUUGCGCAGGCUCUUUGAAUGCCCCAGGCUAACAUUAGGACCCGAGCAGGGAAGGGGUUGACCCUCCACCCCCUUCCCCUUCCCACCUAUCAGGGGUCCUGGUGCCCUGGAACAGCACUUAGAGCCCUCCCAGCUCCCGUUUCGGGGCUACUGAUUGGGUGGAGAAAAGCCAGUGUCUCUGCUCAGUUCUCAGAUUGGUCAGGAAGCCAGAAAAGAGUGUAGAGGAGGUAGGGCCAGGCCUCAGCAUCUCACAUCCACCAUCUCCAGGAGAGGGACAUGCAGUUCUCCUGCUCAACUCAAGGGACUCAGACCCUUUUCUGACUGAGACGCAUGAGUGCCUUUGACAAGUUGGGCCUCCUAACCGCAGCCAUGGCGCAGCAGGUCCACCUAGGACACCAAUCAACGCAACGCCAUGAAUCCAGCUGGGCACAGGCAGAGGGCAGCUGGGCUGCGCGUUCCUCCACCUGCCAAGGACCCCAGGCUCCCCGGUCACCCUCGCCACCACCUGUGACAGGCCUCAAGCUCCUCUCCCGCAAAGGCCCCCAGCCUCCGUGCAAGCAUUCUUAAACUCUUUACGCCUAACGAACAAGCACAGUUUUUUCAAUGGUGAAGAAAAAGCACCAGACUUUUUUUCCUGAAGAAAUCCCCCAAGCCCCACCCCCACCUGUGGGACAAACAUUCCCCCUGUGGGGCUGUAGCAACGUCUGUCAGGUCCCCCUUGUGUUUCAUCUCCUGCGCGCGCGUAGAGCAAAUGCUAGAGCGAUUUCAGCUGAUAGAAAAACAAAAAAGAAAAAAAAAACACAAAAAAAAAUAAAAAAAAACAUGGCACGUUGCUAGUUUACAGGGUUUUGUGAGUUUAAAUGCCUUAUAUUUAACAAUCAUAAUUUAUGACUAACUUGUAGAUAUCGUGGGUUCUUAUUUAAUUAUUUUUAUAGUUGUUUUGCAUUUUUAAUUAUAAUUUAUUUAUUUAGAAAGGAUACUAAUGUUUUUUAUUGCUCCUAUUACCUCAUUUUGGCGUCGUUUCUGGGAAUGGAAUGCUUUGCAUGCAUUGGUACGAUGACAACUGCGAAACAAGCAAACAAACAACAACAACAAAAAAAAAAACCGUUUUAAAUAAAAGUCUGCGAACUUUAUUUUGUCCAAACUAUCAGGGUGUGUGAUUGCAAGCUGUCCUACUGUGGUGCUGGCCUCUUUGGAUACAUUCCAUACGAAAUGCAAACCUUUGAUUCUGUAUGCUGUGAUUUAGUGAGAAAGCUCCAAUAUAGUGAGUGUAUUUAGCACAUAUAUAAAUAUAAUUUGCACUUGUCAGCAGACUGGGGUAAUCCUUUCACUUGCCACCCCUGCCCACCCCC